AUGAACACUACAGAGAAACUCGAAGAGGGAUACUCAACACAACGACCUCCAAUAUUUAGUGGCAAAUACUAUUCUUGUUGGAGGAACAGGAUGGAGAUCUUCAUUAAGGCUGAGAACUAUCAAGUAUGGAGAGUCAUUGAAGUAGGAGACUUCCAAGUCACUAAGCUGAACACCUUUGGUGAAACCAUUCCUAAACCGAUUGCUGAAUUUGACAAAGCCGACUACGAAAAGCUUGAGCUUAAUGCCAUGGCUGUCAAAAUUCUUCACUGUGAACUAGGUCCAAACGAGCACAAUAGAGUAAUGGGAUGCAAGAAUGCGAAGCAGAUUUGGGAUCUGCUCCAGGUUACUCAUGAAGGAACAAACGAAGUCAAAAGAUCAAAGAUUGAUCUUUUAAUGCACCAGUAUGAGCUGUUCACCAUGAAGCCCUCUGAAACAAUUCAAGACAUGAUCACUCGCUUCACGAACAUCAUCAAUGAAUUAAACUCUCUUGGCAAAAUCAUAACUCCUGAGGAACAAGUUAGAAAGGUUCUAAGAAGUCUUCCACAGGAUCCCUGGAUGGCCAAGGCCCUUGCUCUAAAAACUGAAAAUGAUGAAAACUCUGAAGAAGAUGAGGAAACAGCCCUAUUUGCUAGGAGAUUCAGAAGAAUGUUCGGAAACUAUAAAGAUGGAGAUCACAGAGGCAAACCUAACCGAAAAUUCUCCAAAACUGAUACUGGAUGCCAUAAGUGUGGAAACUUGGAACAUCGCAUUAGGGAAUGUCCCCUCUGGGAUCAAGAACGAGGAAAAGGAAAGGAAACAGCCAAAGACAGAUUCAAAGAUAACAGGAACUCAUUCUCCAAAACUGAGGUGAGAAAAGCCAUGAUUGCUGCAUGGGGAGACACUUCUUCGGAUGAGGAACAGGAACAACCCAACGAAGAAACAGCUCACCUGUGCCUUGUAGCUGAACAUGAAGAAGAUGGAUCAGACUCAGAAUCCGAAAAAUUCCAGGCAAGUCUUGCUCAAAUUAAAAAUAAACUUGAAUCUCUUUCCAAAUUAGAAUUGUUUGACCUACUUUCCUGUCUCACUAGUGAUUAUGAGGAUCUCCUAAAAGAAAAGUUAGAUUCUGAUAAAGAACACCAGACUACCAUAAAGGAACUUACUGAUGAGCUAGAAUGGACUAAAAAUACUAACAUAGAUAUAGACAAUCGUUUCUUUAGCCUCUUUGAUCAGAACCUCCUUAUAAAAGAAAUCUGUGAAGCCUUGCGAAAUGAGAACACCUGGCUAAAGCAAGAAUUGAUUGACCUAGAAGUAGCCAAGACUAAAAUCCUUUACAAAGGUGAACUAGAAAGAACUCAACUGGAACUAGUCAAGAUUUACCAGGAAAAGACCAUCCUAGAAGAUGAAUUGGCCAGAAAAACUAGACACGGAAUAGAAGGAACACCUAAAUGGAUAGAAGAAGCUAGAACCAAACGAACAGAAAGAUUAGGUUUCAAUCAUAAGAAACGUCACCCUAGAAAAACCAGAGUAGAUCUCUACAGUGACAUAGUAUACUCCUUCUGUGGUCUAAUCGGUCAUUAUAGAGACUCAUGCCCCAAAAACCAAAGAGGCUUGGAAAAGAACAUUAAGUACACCAGGACCAAAUGGGUAAAGAAGAGUGAUUUGAUUCCAAGAGACAGAAAUAGAUUUCUCUCACUUACGACCUACGAAGGUGGAACUAUAACUUUUGGCGAUAAUAAGAAAGGUAACAUCAUUGGCAUUGGUAAGGUAGGUAAGUCAAAGUCUCACUCCAUCGAUAAUGUAUUUUUAGUUGAAGGACUAGGACACAGUCUAUUAAGCAUUUCUCAAUUUUGUGACAAAGGAAACUAUGCAAAAUUCUUCUCAAACAAAUGUCUAAUCAUCAACAGUAACACCGAAACAGUGAUCCUAGAGGGACAGAGGAAAGGGAACACAUAUGUGGUCAACCUUAACUCGAUUCCUCACUCCAAUCUGACCUGUCUCAGUGUUAUUGAAGAUGAUCCUUUGUUAUGCCAAAAAAGGUUUGGUCAUGCUAGUUUCUCUCUAAUGAACAAGUUGAACUCGAAAAAUUUAGUCACAAGUCUUCCAAAUACAAAGUUUGCAAAACUACCAGUCUAUGAUUGUGAGGGGGUGGAAAAAGCACGAGGCUAA